GGUUUGGCGGUUCAUGUUUCAGAGGACGCAUGAUUUGACCUUCACCUCCCGAGCCUGUUGGGGAGUGGCAGCAAUGAGACAAGAUUGAAAUUGUUACAUAUAUAUAUAUAUAUAUAGUAGAUGUGGCAGCCUAUUUGAAGAUUGGAGGUGUGGAUUUUUGGGCACCCAUGAGAUUAAAUGUUAUUCCUGUUCAUCAUGUUAAGUUUGUACACUACAAAUUUCAAAUUUCCUUCAAUAUUUAUGCAUGUUACAUAUUAUAAUAUAAUAUUAAUAAGAAUUUCAUCAUAAUAAUAUAAACAUAGCUGAUUACAUAUAGUAAUAAAUUGUAACUAUUCCAACUUUGGGAAUUGCAUAGGCUCUCGAGGAACUCCUAAAUCUCUGUACGCCUCAAUGAAGCUACAAAACUGUCAGUGUUCAACUUUAACAUGUGAUGACAAUAGAUAAGAACAGGAAUGACAUUUAAAAAAUAUAUAAAUCUUAUAGCCACACCCUUACUAAGCCACGCCUCCACUACAUGGUUCCUCCAGGAACCUGUUGUUACAUUGCAACGUUAAAGGUUCCUCCAAGGAUCUUUCAACUAACCAAAGGUGCAAAAAUGAACCAUUGACUAGCAAUGAUUCCUUGAGGAACUCCAGGUGAUCCUUGAGGAUCUCCGGGGUUCCUCGAGUCGCCAUUAAUUCUAGGAGUACAGUAUGUGUUUUAUGUAAGUAACCCUCUCUUUAGUGGAUACUCAAACUAAUUUUCCUUUGUGCACAAAAGCUCCUUAAAACUAUAGGUAUUUUAAUUUGGUGCACUUUGUGUCAUUGUGCUUCCCUUGUCAAAACUAGUUGCACUUUUAUGAUGGUCUUAAUAUCCCUCGUUGAAAUACAGGAUUGCAGGGCACUCCCGUAAGAGGUUAGGACACACUCUCAUAAGUGUUAAAGGUGUAGUUUGUUCAAAAACUAUAUUUUAGUAUUUUGUUCACUAAUCAGCUGUUAAAAAAGUCAUCAGUUAAGUUUUCAAGAUAAAGCACUUUCAGUGCACAGCAAAAAAAUGUAACAAAACAAUUUGUGCACAUUUUGGGGGUGUUUUUGGGAUCUCUGAGUUUUUAUCUAAUAGGGGCCUUGGGAAGAUGUGGGGGGGGUGCUGUGAUUUUGUUGUUGUUGCAUGCGCUAUAGAUGACUAUAUCGGUCCGCUAAUACAGGACUAGUAAAGGCCAAGUGCACUACUUUUGUGGAAAUGUUUAUUAAUAUUUUUAUUUUUAUCCUGAUUCUUUGCAGGGUGCUGCAGCACCCAUACUCUACUAUGUGCCAAAUGUCCAUUGUCAAGAUGUAGUUUGUUUAAUAGAGCUUGCUUAUUACUCUAAAGAGAAAAUACAGAUUACGUGUUGGUUUGUUUGUUAUUUAUUGUGACGUAUUCAUGCGCUGUCAGAGUGGUUGGGUUAAAUGCGGAAGACACAUCGUAUAAUGUUAUGUUUUUGUUGAUGUUGUGUAAUAUGGAUGUUUUCCCCUUAAGUUGUAAUAUAUGUAUAAUUUAAAGAAACCUGUGCCUUGUGCCAUAUUAACAAUAUACUAUAAAAUGCAUAACCAGCAAUUGUAUAGCAUUUUUAUUUUGUGUGAAUAUAGUUCACAGUUUUACAUAGGCUCUACCUCAUGGUAACUAGCCAUGUUGUCUUGUUCCCAUUCGUGCCAGGAUACUAUUAAUAUAAUAGCUUAUGCAAUUACUCAGUAAUAAUACAUUUUCAACAUCAUGACGUCCUCCCCAGAUCAUUUACUGACCUUAGAUCAGUUUCCAGGGGCAACUUCAUGCUACUCACACCAUCAACAGGCUGCCAUUGGACAGAUUUCGUCCUGAAGGCUGCUUUACCACAGUGCCCUCUAGUGUCCCCCCAUCUCAUACUCAAACAACCAUAUUAUUGCUCAAUACUGAGCCCGUCAGCUGACAAUGACAGUGCCCAAUGUUAAUAUCAUAACUACUUCUGACUCAUUCCUGGAUGCCAAUUCACAGUCAGUCAGCGUGGACUGUGAAUGAACACCGGUCUGCAGGAACAGAGGCUACAAGAACCUUCAACAUUAGACCUGUACUUUUACUAGUAUCAUUAACUUGAACAUCAGAGUUUGCUCUGAGAGGUUAGAGGAUGCACUGCGGUAUAUCCUGGUUUAUUCAUGUGCUUCUGUUCCUUUUAACUUCCUCUGUAUAUCUAAAUGGAUCCUGCUUGGAAUCAGCAGGCAGUAAACCUCCUCAGCCAAUAAUCGCUGAGCUGCGGGCUAAUGUUGCUACACAGAGCCUUGUGGUGAAGUGGCUGGUCAAUCACACUGGUUUAACAAGGGAAAGCGGUGAUACUUAUGAAAUACAGGUCGGACGCACUGACAACCUCACUAUCGUUCACAACAGCAAAGUGAGUAGCUGUCCUUCCGGUAGUAACUCCACGUUAACAUGGACCUGGGUGUCUACUCUGCCUUUACAAUGUGCUGACCAUUCAAUCAGAAUACGACGUUUCUGCAACCAUGCAGACCCAAGUGACUGGAGCCAAUGGAAGACAAAUUAUGGUGCCCAAGACACAGUGGACAGAGUUUGGAAAAAGACCAAGAUGUUUCCCUACCAGCAGGUGUUAAAGGAGGGCUCCACUAUCUUGUUCUGCUGUGUUCCUCCUAGAGGCAUCCAUGUCACCAAUAUGACCUUCAACUCCACCACCAGCUACCCCCUGAUCAACAUCACUCACAGAGUCACAGCCAUUGCUGUCCACAACCUAAACAUCUCACAAGCAUCCGGCUCCGGGGUGUACUCCUGGUGUGAGGAUACAACAGAGAAGAGGAACAACUACUGCUCCAACUUCAUCAGCUUUUCUCCCCAGAGGCCGGAGAACCUGAGCUGCGGGACUGAGGACCUGAGAACUGUUAUCUGCACCUGGAACCCUGGUAGACCUGCUAACCUGUAUGAACCCUACAAACGCACACACACCCUUCACAUAAAGAACACUGUUGGGGAUCCUAUCAAGUGUGGUGAGUGGUUCUGCAGGUUCCAGGCUGUCCCAGGCUUAGAGUGGUAUCAUGUCUCAGUGAUAGUCAAAAACCAGCUAGGAGAGGAGAAACAAAGCUACAGCUUCAACAUCACUGACAGAGUGUUCCCAGUUCCAGAGGGAGUGAAAGUGAGUCCAGGGGUGACAGAAGCCAAUGUGUCCUGGGUUGUGAGGGGGAACCUGUCUGGGGUGGAGCUCUUCUGCCAGGUCACAGCAGACCCAGUAGAGCCUAGGAGGCCGACACACCUGGCUGCAGCAGCAGACCUACAGAGCACAUCCAUGCAUCAGGUGUGCAAUGGAGGCUCGGACGAACGUUGUGAUGUCAGCCUGGAGCAGCUCUCGCCCAACACCCGUUAUGCCACCAGGGUGCGCUGUGCUGUGAGAGGGAACCUAGAGGGAGAGUGGACACAACCCACGCACUUCACUACCUACCCCCUGGUGAGGCUGGAUGUGUGGAGGAGGGUCAGAUUGCUGUCCCAUGGUCAGCGCAACGUCACUCUGCUCUGGACCCCGCAAAUAAGUGGCUCGGCAUCUAGUGUUAAAAUCCAGGGCUAUAAGGUACGCUGGAGGCAGGAGGGGUGCCAGUGGAUCCUGUGGAAGGACAGAGAGCAGACACAGACUGAGAUCUCCAUUGGCCCAGGGCAAUGUGACAUGAUCAUCCAGGCUGUUAUUCAGCCUGGCUCCUCCCCCCCAGGCCGCAUCACCAUACCUCCGGUUGAGGGAAUAGAGUAUCAUUGGAAUGCCACGCGUGUGAGUGGGAGUGCCAGCGGAGGCUUCCACCUCAUCUGGAAAGAGCAGGAAGGUGUCACUUGUGGGUACACUGUGGAGUGGUGCACAGUAGGAAGCGGAGUUUCCUGCACUCUGCAAUGGAGGAGGGUGCCAGUGGGAAACACAUCAGUGUCCCUACCAGCAGGGGAUUUUAAAGCGGGUCAUAGGUAUACCUUUGAUAUAUAUGGCUGCACUGACGAAGGAGACAAACUACUGGGGAUCCUCACUGGCUACUCCCAGGAACUCAAGCCUGUCCAGUCUCCCAGUCUGGUUGAGCCCAUUCGAACAACUUCCUCUUCUGUGACACUGGAGUGGCAUUACCAUGAGGAUGAGCACUCUCACCCAGGGUUCAUCACUGGUUACUUGGUAACCAUGCACAAGACAGGGUCUCAGAGGUCACCAGGUCACGUGCCAAGUCAUUUUAACAAGACGGUGGCAGACCCCCACAAUAAGUCUCUAACCGUAGUAGGACUGCAGGAGCACCAGAAGUACACCUUCCAUCUGAGUGCACUCACUAAUGUUGGACCAGGCCCGCAUACUACUGUAACUGUCAAGACCCAGACAAUCCCCUCUAUUCUCCUGGCUAAGAUCUUAACUCCUCUCCUGCUGCUGUUGGGGCUCGCAAUCCUCCUGUGUCUAUUCUGGAAAAUGCUGAGGAGUUGUAUAGUGGAGCUGUUUGGGUACCCGGCUGGGAUGAACAUCAAACCAAUUGAACUGGACCGCCACAUACAUGAGACCAGUGAGAUGCUGCGGUGUCUCAAGGUGGGGGACUGUGUCUGCAGUGACAUAGAGAUCCUGAGCGUCAGGCCAACCAUGUCAGAGAGGAUGCCUCUCAUUCACCCCAAACUCCCCCGCCUUUCUUCCUCUUCCACCACCAUUCCCUCCUCUUCAUUCUGCCCUGUGCACCCUUCCUCCUACUCUUUAUCCAUGUCUUCCUCCUUGCCCUCCCUCUCACCUUCCUGCCCAUCCUUUUCUACUCAACACCUGCACCAAAAAGGGUACUGUCCACAGUCACCCACAGAAGUCUGGGAUUGCUCAGUCCAGACAAGCCUCACCAACAGAAGUUAUUUCCCCUCUGUGGGGGCGGAGCAAUCCGUUGAGCUGAAACCAAUCAGAGUCACAGACAGCAGUGACUUCUCCAGCUCACCAAUCAAGCUCUCCAAUCUCAUCACCAGCGAGCCUUCUGAGGGGCCGCAGUUACGACCAGGGGCAUUAUUGGAGAAUAUUGAUGGAUAUAUCACCACUGACUCAUUAGUUAAGUCAAUGACUGUAUAUAUGAAUGGACAAAGCCAUUGAUUACAUGACACCAUUCAUUCCUAUGUGAAGACUUAAUAGCGCACUGAAGCCAAAUUUAGUCAGUCAUGUAGACAUAACAUGCUCAGUUUGAGCUACUCCUGGAAGUGACUUUGCUGGUUAGCUUAGUGCUGCCCCUCUCAUUGAAUAACUCAACUUGAAGCCCGACCGGUGUUGGCUGCUAUUAGCAACUAAAUUAUACUUCUAAAUCAAAUUGUGUUUGUCACAUGCACCGAAUACAACAGGUGUAGACUUUACCUUGAAAUGCUUACUUACGAGCUCUUAACCAACAAUUCAGUUAUAAAGUGAGAAAACAAUGUAACGAAGAAAGAAAAAAAUGGAAAUAGUAACACAAUAAAAGAACAGUAACGAGGAUAUACAGGGAGUACCGGUACCGAUUCAAUGUGCAGAGGUAUG